GAAUUAUAUUACGUAAUCAGUGCGCCGCUGUUUGCUCACCCUGCUACCCGGCACGUUCUCAGCUGGUGGCUUUGCCAAAACCAUCACACUGAUGUCCGUGGACUUCAGUCCCAUGCUCCCAUAGAAUAUCUUUCCCUGUGCAACAGACCAAGGGGUCGAGUUCAUUCACUGAGAGGCGAAGAGGAAAGACGGACUGCGACCACAUCGGGCCCCUCCAGUCCCACCAACCUGGUAUUUCAGCUUGUCCACAGCCCCAGGGCCAGGGAACCUCGCGAGCAUCUUAGGUCACUAGGCGCCAGAUAGACCACUUCAAUCCAACCGCUAACAAGCGGCACCGUUAAUGUCUAAUUUUUAAAAAGAGCAUUCAUACGCUUUUAAGGUUUAAUGUUGUUAAGGUGUACGUUUGAAUAGACAAUAGGAGCCCGUACUCGCUGCUGCUAAGAUGCCCCUGACUCGAUCCUUAUCCAUGAGUUCCCUGAGCGGCCUUCCCCUGUGGGAGGAGGAAGACCUCCCUGUGGAAGAAAUGCUGCUGUUUGAGGUAGCCUGGGAAGUCACCAACAAAGUGGGGGGUAUCUACACAGUGAUCCAGACCAAGGCUAAGAUAACAGUGGAUGAAUGGGGGGAGAAUCUCUUCAUGAUGGGGCCGUACUAUGAGCACAACUUCAAGACCCAGGUGGAGGCAUGCGACCCCCCAAACCCCGCCAUAAAGAAAGCCAUGGACGCGCUCAACACCAACGGCUGCCAGGUCCACUUUGGGCGCUGGUUGAUAGAGGGCAGCCCUUAUGUGAUCCUGUUUGACAUCGAGUCAGCAGCCUGGAACCUGGACCGCUGGAGGGGGGACCUGUGGGACACCUGUGGUAUCGGCAUGCCUUUUAACGACCGAGAGGCCAACAACGCGCUCAUCUUUGGAUCCCUGAUAGCCUGGUUCUUCAAAGAGUUGACGGACCAAACAGGGGACAUGCCAUAUGUCAUCGCUCACUUCCACGAAUGGCAGGCCGGGGCGGGGCUUAUUCUCAUCCGCUCACGGAGGAUCCCCGUGGCAACUGUGUUCACGACACAUGCCACUCUGCUGGGCCGGUACCUAUGUGCUGGAAAUGUGGACUUCUAUAACAACCUGGACAAAUUCAACGUCGACCAGGAGGCUGGGGAGAGGCAAAUCUACCACCGCUACUGCCUGGAGAGGGCUGCUGUCCACUGCGCUCACGUGUUCACAACAGUGUCCCAGAUCACAGCUGUGGAGGCCAGCCACAUGCUGCACAGGAAGCCAGAUGUGGUCACCCCCAACGGUUUGAACGUGAAGAAGUUUUCAGCCAUGCACGAGUUCCAGAACCUCCACUCCACCAACAAGAACCGGAUCCAGGAGUUCAUCCGGGGACAUUUCUACGGCCACCUGGACUUCAACCUGGAGAAGACCCUUAGCUUUUUCAUAGCAGGACGCUAUGAGUUCUCCAACAAGGGAGCAGACAUUUUCCUGGAGUCUCUGUCCAGACUCAACUACCUGCUGAGGGUGCAUAAGAGCGAUGUGACAGUGGUGGUGUUCUUCAUCAUGCCAGCGAAGACAAACAACUUCAACGUGGAAACACUGAAGGGACAAGCAGUACGCAAACAACUCUGGGACACUGCUCACAGUGUGAAGGAGAAGUUUGGGAAGCGACUGUAUGAGGCCUUGUUAAAAGGGGAAAUCCCUGACAUGAACACUAUCCUGGACAGAGAUGAUUUCACCAUCAUGAAGAGAGCCAUCUUUGCCACACAGAGACACACUCUCCCUCCAGUCACCACUCACAACAUGCUGGACGACGCGUCAGACCCCAUCCUGGCCAACGUGCGGCGCAUCGGCCUCUUCAACUCUCGCACGGACCGCGUCAAGAUAGUAUUCCACCCAGAGUUCCUGUCCUCCACCAGUCCCCUGCUGCCUAUGGACUACGAGGAGUUUGUACGAGGCUGUCACCUGGGAGUCUUCCCCUCUUACUAUGAGCCCUGGGGAUACACACCAGGUGAGUGCACGGUGAUGGGGAUACCCAGUGUGACCACCAACCUGUCUGGUUUCGGUUGUUUCAUGGAGGACCAUGUCUCUGACCCCGCCGCAUAUGGGAUCUACAUAGUGGACCGACGGUUUCGCUCAGCUGAUGAGUCAUGCAACCAGCUGACCCAGUUCAUGCUCUCCUUCUGUCAGCAGUCCAGACGACAACGCAUCAUCCAGCGGAACCGCACAGAGAGGCUGUCUGACCUGCUGGACUGGAGGUACCUGGGACGGUUCUACCAGCAUGCCCGCCACUUGGCCGUAAGCAGAGCUUUCCCUGACAAGUUCCAGAAGGAUCCUCUGGUCCCUCCCCAGACUCAGGGAUUCCGUUACCCCCGGCCCGCCUCAGUGCCCCCUUCCCCUUCUGCCUCCCUACACUCCACCCCCCACCACAGUGAUGAAGACGAUGACGAGGACUAUGAUGAAGAUGAAGAGGCAGAGAGAGAUAGGCUGAACAUUAAAGCGACUUUCUCUCUCAGGGACGUGCUUGAGGGCGAGAAAAAACUGCCAGGAGAGUCUGGCGACUGAGAGGUCAAAGGUCACAGUUGACAAGUCAUGCCAGAAGACCUGGGUGUCACACACUCUGGUAAUACUAUCAGAUACCUGUUUGGUUCACCCUCACAGAAAACCCACAGACCUCUGCUUAUAUUGAGAGAUUCAUUUAUAUAAGUAAUUUUUCACACUAGAUUUAGAAAAUUCUAAAAUAAUUGUGGAUUAUAGGAUAUGUAAAAAUGUCAUGCUUUGAUUUUGGACAAACUCAGUCCUUAAAAAUCUAAGUGUCUCAUCAAAAGCCUGGCAAUUUGAACUAUACAUUUUAAAACACUGAAUUGCAUCAUAUCAGUCACCAAAGCUUUUGAUGAUUUGGGGAAUGAGUAACACUGUUUCUAUAAUAAGCUGUCUUAGACAAGUGUUGCUGUGAAUUCCAAUUUUUCUUUUUAUUAAACAACACAUUCAAACAUG